AUGUUCUUCCUUGGCAACCUGUUCUACGUCAGCUGCCUCCUGAUCAAUGCGGUGGCUAUUUUAUCAGAGGAUCGCUUCCUGGCGCGCAUAAACCUGUCUCCAGGAUCGCACGAUCCUGGGUUCGGCACCGGUUCGGAGCCGCAGAGUGUGCAGGCCAAGAUUGUACACCUGAUUGCCAGUGUACGGACGUUGAUGAGAAGUACGUUGGCCGGGCGCAUCCAGUCCGCCCACGGAGCUCCAAAGCGCGCGCCGCUAACAUGGAUAUAG